UAAAAACCUAAACAAAUCAAAGAAUUUUUUUUAGUUGUAUAGCAAAAUGCCGAUUGUUCAUAAAGCAUCCUCAAUUGAACCAGUGCUGCAAUCGGCGCCGUGGGCUGAGCUUCCGGUGGAAAUCACAAUGGACAUUCUGUAGCGUCUGGGAACGAUAGAGAUAGUGAAGAGUGCGCAGAGGGUUUGUAGUACUUGGUGGAAGGUUUGCCAUGAUCCCGCUAUGUGGCGUGUUAUUGACUUGAAAUAUGACCCUCCCUGUGUCAAGCAUUGUGUGCUGAAGAAAAUAUGUCGGAUUGCGGUGGAUCGUAGCCAGGGCCAGUUACUCAAAAUUAGCAUCCACAAGUUUGAUAACAAAGACUUGCUCUAUUACAUUGCUGAGAGCGUUGCUGGAAGUUUGUCGGCAGCCGCUAAGAACUUGCCGUUGUUUGAGGAGUUGCGCAUCCACUUGACCUUAAUUACUGAAGAAGAUAUAGAAAGUGUUGGUCGUUAUUGCCCUCUACUUAAGUCAUUUACAUUGAAUGCCCGUGUACGUUUUAACUUUGGAUAUUCACGACUUCCAGAUGAUGGUCAAGCCUUAGCUAUUGCUACAAGUAUGCCUGAAUUACGGUGCCUUGCACUAAUUUUGAAUCCCUUGACAAGUGUAGGACUUGAAGCUAUUCUUGAUGGCUGUCUACACCUUGUAUCACUUGACUUGUGCCGCUAUAAUAAUAUUGAUCUUGUAGGGGAUAUAGGAAGAAGAUGCAGAGAACAGAUUGCAAAUCUAAAGUAUCCUCAUGAUUAUGAAUUUGAUUCUGAAGUUUCACAUUACUUAUCCUCUUAUGAUAACUACAAAUCUAGGAUGAUGUAUAGUUGUCUUGAUUCUGAUACAUUCACCGGCUACAGGAACUAUCAUGAGUCCAGUGAUGAUGAUGAUUACUUUGAUAUUCCGUAUUAACAUUACUUUGAUGUCAUGGCCAAACCAUUGCUGACUUGACUCCAGAGCUCAACAUUCAUUUCCAAGAUAUUUUUAAUCAGGUACGAACGCUUUUAAUAAUAUUGCCCCAAUCUGUCAUUAUUUGCAAUUAUGUAGAAAAAUAAAAAAAAGUUCAGUAUACAUAAAUGUGUGUUACAUCCUCCAUUCAUCUCUAAAGAGCUUCUCCAAUUUUUUGGGUCAUACUGAGGUUUUAUAUGCUCUUUUUGGUGGUUAACAGUCUCUUUACAUUUUAUGAGACUUUAGAUCUUUUUGAUUUGAAGUAAACGUUUGUUCAAUUUAGCAACAUUUUGAUAUUCAAAGUUAAAGGACUUAACUAAAUUGAUAUUUUGUGUGACAGAUUUUUCUGAAUUAGGAAGACUUUAACAUUUUUCCAGUGAUUCUUUUACAGUAACAUUGGUUAAUAUAAUCAGCAAAGACUAAAAAUAUAACUACCAGAUCUAUUAAAAAGCAAAAGUAAUCAUCAGACAUGUUAUUCAUCUAGUGUAUCUCCCGUGGCUAAGAGAAUAACUUAAAGGAUACUUCACAUCUUUAAUCUGUCGAGAAAGUCUGUUGCUCAAGACUUGGUCGAGCCCUAACAUGUUCGCAGGUCAAGAAGAGGACGAGCAUCAAGAAAAUUUGUUGAUAGGUCACUGAAAAGUUGUAAGUGCGUGUGAUGCUCUCUCUUUCUCUCUUCCGCACUAAAUUAAACAAAUUCCUUGGCAAUCUCAAACGACAUAAAAGCGUCAAUAGCAGCAUAUUCAAUUUGUCAAUUCCUCUGCAUCCCAUUUACACAGUAUAACAUUCAAUGGCUUCUCCAUUACUUUCCCAAGCACCUCUAUAGUAACACCAACACCGUCCUACACAAAGCUGGAGAAGAGUAACAGGGUGAUUUUCCUCUGCCUUGAAACAGGGCAGCCACUCGAUAUCAAGCCGAACUAGAAGUUUAUGGAGUCCCCGGCGAUGGAGAUGCACAGUUUCCAGAAUCUAAUCAUUAAGAGUCAUGAGGAUACUUCACAUCUAAUGGCGGAUUUACGAUUUUUGUUGAGGGGUUCGAAUUAUAAAGACGUAAACACGUAAAAAUUACAAGAUAAAAAAUAUAGAGAGACGAGAGGAAACUAUUAAUUUUAAUCUGCUAAAUUCAACUUAUAUUGUCAUGUUGUGUUUAGGUUCUUUCUACUUUUACCAUGCUCUAUCGAGCUUUGUUAAAAAAAAAUUAGUGUCUUCUUUUAAUUUGUAGUAUUCUACUUUUCUGAA